AGAUAAAUAUUUAGACUCCCCUGCUUGCGAAUACUAAGUCAGUCAGUCAGUCGAGAGCAAACAAGGAGUAACCAAAGGAAGCGUGUUUGCUAGACGCCGAAACAUACAGGUGUGCACCUAAUUUUUAAACUACUGACUACCAAAAACCCUCUCGCAACGUGACCGAUGCAUCACACAUACGGCUUUUUGUAAACGAAACGCUCUUCAAAAAACAGCCCUGCAAAGAUGUUUUCCAAGCUGAAUGUUUGUGUGAGCUUGGCCAUGCCAGUGCUCAAUCACCAGGUGCACAUGGUGGUCCGUCCUGCAUCGGUGGCUGCCUCAAAGCUUAAGAAUACGGAGAAAUCCUUAUCUGCAGAGGAGGUGUUUGCUCGGGAGGAAAAAUGUGGUGCCCACAAUUACCAAUCGCUUCCUGUGGCUCUGGAGCGUGGUGAAGGAGUUUAUGUAUGGGAUAUUGAAGGCAAAAGGUACUUUGACUUUCUGAGUGCUUACAGUUCAGUGAACCAGGGCCACGGCCAUCCAAAGAUCGUUUCGGCUCUGACCACACAGGCCGCAAGACUUGCACUGACGUCGCGAGCAUUUUACAAUAAUGUGCUGGGGGAGUAUGAGGAGUACAUCACCAGUCUCUUCAAAUACAACAAAGUGCUGCCAAUGAAUACAGGUGUAGAAGCUGGAGAAACUGCAUGCAAGCUGGCCCGCAAAUGGGCAUACACUGUCAAGGGAGUUCCAAAGUACAAAGCAAAAAUUAUCUUUGCAAAUGGCAAUUUCUGGGGGAGGACAUUAGCUGCUAUCUCCAGUUCCUCAGAUCCCAGCAGUUAUGAUGGAUUUGGUCCAUUCAUGCCUGGCUUUGAGAUGAUCCCAUACAACGACAUACCAGCUCUGGAGCGUGCACUUCAGGAUCAGAAUGUUGCAGCAUUCAUGGUGGAACCCAUUCAGGGUGAAGCAGGAGUGAUUGUUCCUGAUGAAGGCUACUUGACCAAAGUGAGAGAGCUGUGCACCAGACACAAUGUCCUGUUUAUUGCGGACGAGGUACAGACAGGGCUGGCUAGAACUGGCCGGAGACUGGCGGUCGACUAUGAAAACGUCAGGCCUGAUAUUGUUAUGCUAGGCAAGGCUUUGUCAGGAGGAGUUUAUCCAGUUUCUGCAGUGCUGUGUGAUGAUGAGGUCAUGUUGACUAUUAAGCCUGGUGAACACGGCUCUACUUACGGAGGAAACCCAUUGGCAUGCCGGGUAGCUAUUGCAGCUCUUGAGGUUCUUGAAAAGGAAAAGCUGGCUGAAAAUUCAUUAAAGAUGGGAAAAGUCCUUCGAUCAGAGUUGAUGAAACUGUCCAGGGAUACUGUAGUGGCUGUUAGAGGGAAAGGAUUGCUAAACGCCAUAGUCAUCAAGGAAACCAAAGUCUGCGAUGCCUGGAAGGUAUGCCUGCGCUUGCGUGAUAAUGGACUCCUGGCGAAGCCAACUCACGGAGACAUCAUUAGAUUGGCACCGCCUCUUGUGAUCAAGGAGGAUCAAAUGCGAGAGUGUGUUGAAAUCAUUCAGAAGACAAUCUUGUCCUUUUAGACUUGACUUGCUUAUAGGUCACGUUUUUUUUUUUUUUUUUUUUUUUUUUUGUCGCUGUAGUUGUAUUAUUUAAAAGUAGGGAUGCACCGAAUCCAAAUUUGAGAUUCGGCAGAAUACCGAAUCCAUCGCAAAAGAUCCGGCCAAA